GGGGGGGGGGGAACGGGGGCGUGGCGGGCGCAUGACGGAGCCGCCCGGGGAGAGCGAACCGGCGGGGCCCCCCCAGCCGCCCCCCCCCCGGCCCCGGGGCCGGGCACGGCACCAAGAUGCAGCGGCUGAAGCGGUCACUGUCCCUGCGGACGCUGCUGCGGAGCAAGAGCGUGGAGAGCCUCUUCCACGGCCGGGCGGGGGGGGGCAGAGCCCCGGGACCCCCCCCGUCCCCCCCCCCGCACCCACGGCUUCCAGCAGUACAUCUUCAAGAAGCAUUGCCAGUGCGAGCUGUGCCGGCAGCUCAUCGCAGGCAACUCGCGCCAGGGCCUGCGGUGCAAGGCGUGCAAGGCCGGCGUGCACCUCUGGUGCUCCGAGGGGAUCUCACACCAGCAGUGCCCUGGCAAGACGGCCACCUCUUUCCGCCGCAAUUUCAGCUCGCCCCUGCUGCUGCCGGAGCAGGGGGGCUCAUCGCAGGGUGACCCCCCCCCAGACCCUGGUGUGGACCCGGUGUACGAGGCGCUGCGGUUCGGCACCAUCCCUGGCACACGGUGCUGGCCCCCCCCGAGCUGCCCCCGGCAUCCAGGGUGACAAGGUGGCCGCUGGGGAAGAGAGCAGGGACACCCCGAGUGGCACGGGGAGCCCAAGUGACAGCGAUGUCACUGCAGCAGAGAGGGACAGCGUGGAGAAGAGUCCCGGGCAGCAGGCUGCCCGGGGCUCGGCGCGGCGGGACGGGGUGCCCAUGUUCUCCUACGUGGCUCUCUACAAGUUCGUGCCGCAGGAGCACCAGGACCUGGCACUGCAGCCCGGGGACAGGGUGACGCUGGUGGAUGACUCCAACGAGGACUGGUGGAAGGGAAAGGUGGGCGACCGGCUGGGCUUCUUCCCGGCCAACUUCGUGCAGCGCGUCCGUCCCGGCGAGAGCGUCUGGAGGAGCUGCCGCGCCGUGCAGGGUGACAAGGAGCAGGGGCGCAUGAGCCUCAGGGAGAACCAGAUCUGCGUCGGUGUGGGCAGGACCCAGGGCCUCGUCCGGGUGACCAGCGGGAGGAAGCGGGGGCUGGUCCCCGCCGAGGCGCUGACCGAAAUUUGAGGGACAACGGCCGGAUCGCCCCCGUGGUGUCCCCAUCCCCUUUCCAGUGCCACCACCCCCUGGAUCACCGCACCUCAGGAAGCCCCAUCCGGACAGUACUUGACACCCCCCCACCCCCCCAGA